AUGCUGUCCAAGAAGGCCCAGCUCACCGGUGUUGUGGUGGUCAUCGCAGUGAUCGGUGUCAUCGCUGCAGUGAUAGUGACUCGCCAGUCAGACAGCAGCAGCUCCGCCACCGAGUCGUCAGGGACUGCUAGCUCCGGCUCUGGUUCAAAUGUAUCUGGUGGCACUAGCGACAGCUCGACCACCACUUCAUCUGGAAGUACGAGCAAGCCGUCCAAGAAGGGCAACAGCACAAGUUCACGCUCAAGCUCAAUCACUUCUGACCCAACCUCCGCAAAGUUUUCUUUGGCAGCGUUUGCCGUCGGUGACUGGGGAACGACCAUUUACCAGGACUCAUGCUGCACGCGCUCCGACACUUACACCAACUUCGAUAUCGUGGCAGAAGAUGUCGUAGCCAGCCUCAUGAAUACACAAGCGGGCAAUGCCGACAUCAAGCCCAAGGCUAUCCUUGGACACGGUGACAACUUCUACUGGACUGGUAUUAACAGUGAGGAAGGACGCGAUUCGCGUUUCACCACGACUUUCGAGAAAAAGUUCAGUGGCGAUAACCUAGCUACAAUCCCCUUCGUGAACGUUGUGGGUAACCACGACUACGGUGGUGGUAGCUUCAUCUGCUCGAAAGGUGAUGAAAACGCCAAGUGUAAAAGUGCUGAUGAAAUCGUUGAGGGUCUGGAGAACAAGUUCAAGUGGCAGCAAGAGUACACGAGCCCCAACGACAACCGCUGGGUGCUGAAGGACCACUUCUACGUCUACUCGAUUGAAGACGAAGACUCGGGUGUUAGCAUUGAUAUCUUCAAUGUAGACACUGGCGAUGCCGACGUGCACGCUGCUCUCCAGGUGUGUUGCCAGUGUUUUGCCUACUCGGAAGGUGAUGACGAUUCGUGCAAGGGUGUUGCACGUGGACAUGAAUUCUGCGCUGGGGGUGACACGGAUAUGUACGACGCGUGCUUUGCCAAGUUCAAGGAGUGGAGUGAUGACUCGCGCAAGCAACUUGCUGAGAAGGUAGCGACGUCCACUGCAACGUGGAAGAUUGUCAACAGCCACUACAGCCCCCACGUGCACUACGACGAGAAGGGUAUGCAGGAGUGGUUUGACAUCCUGGAGGGUUCUGGUAUUCACGCGUGGGUUUACGGCCACACGCACGGUGAGAAGCAUGACUACUCGGAGUCGCUGGGCGUGCAUUUCGUGGAGAACGGAGCUGGUGGUGGUAUUCAGAAGGAAUCUGCCAGUGGUCUUACGACGUACGCAGCCAAGUAUGCUACUAACGUGUGGACGUACACUGGUGACGAGUACGGUUUCUUCUCGCUGGAGGCGUCGGAAGAAUGGCUGAAGGUGCAAUACCACACGGCUGACAACUCGUGGUCGUUCGGGUCGACCAUGAGCGAUACGACUGCCGGUGGAGUGCAAACGAAACACUGCUGGUACAUUCCUGCCGACGGUACUGAAGGCAAGGAGUGCACGUCUUAA